UCCGGAGCCCACCAAGGAAGACCCACCCCAUCCGACCUUUACUAUUAGACCUUACUAAACCCCUCACUGCGGUUCACCUUCAGCCUAUUGGAAUUUACCUGAAUUGGUAGAAGCUUGUGAUUGGACGGCUUUUUUUGUCCAAAAUCCUACACCUUUAUUUGAUUUCUACAAACAUCCAUAAACUUCAACUUUAAAUAGAAGCAGUCAUGUGGCGCCCAUUAGUGCACAAUGGAGUCCAUUUUCCUUCACUUUGAUGUUUUGAAACAAAUGUCACCGUGACGGCCAUUUGGUGGUUUUAUUUCAGUCAAAGGAAGAUGUUCCGCAGAGCAAACGCAGCUUUCUACAGACAGAGCUGAGACUCCACAGAUCAGAUCAGCCCCCCCCCCCCCAUAAAUCCUGUCUAACGCACAGCUAAGCCAGAGUUCCCCCGGGUUAAGUAAAAGUCGCGCCAGUUAUAUGCGUUAAUCACAUUAUCUGCAUUGUAAUUAUUUUCAAGUGAGACGACAACUGACCCGAGUGCCCCCCUGCCUGCGUGGUGGGGGGGAGGGGGGUCUGCUGGUGGGGGCCUGUGCUCCAAAGGCUAUUUUAAAGAAAGGGACCCCCCCCUCCCAACACACACAGCUGCUCGGAACCAUGACAGAAGAUGACGGAUACGGUUGUGGCAGAGGGACAAGUCAAGUUUAGAGAUGGAAAAAAGUGGAAGACUCGCUGGGUCGUUCUUCACAAGCCCUCUCCUGUUGCAGACUGCUUGACGUUGCUGGUGUAUAAAAAGAAGAAGAGAAGAAAAAGCAGCCGCCGAAAGGAGAAGCUCAGCAUAACCCUGGAGGACGUCUGCGGUGUGGAGCCAGGGCCCGGGUUCGACGGCGUGUCCUACACUCUGUCCAUCCUCUGCCUGGCACACACCCCCGUGCUGGGCUUCAGCAGCCGGGACGCCCUCCUGGCUUGGGACGCCAACAUCCGCUACAGCCUGGGGGAAGUCUACAGGUUCUGUGUUACCGUGGAGGCAGGAACAAAGCUGGAGAGCGGGCCGGCCUCCCUCCACCUGUGCAACAACCUGCUGGUCCUCAGCCGAGGCCUCCCUCCCGCCGUGAUCGGCCACUGGAGGCUGUCAGCUCUGCGCCAGUAUGGCGCCGUGCCCCAUGGCUUCGUGUUCGAGGGCGGGACCCGCUGUGGACCCUGGGCCGGAGUUUUCUUCCUGUCCUGUUCAGAGGGAGAGCAGAUCAGUUUCCUAUUCGACUGCAUGGUCAGGGGCGUCUCUCCCAGCCGAGCCCGGCACGGUCGGCAACCCAAACAGCCAGCAGAUCCCGGUUGGGACCCGGCUUCGGCAGAGAAGCGGAUCAGCCUGGAGACGUCGGAGCUGGAGAAGAGGCUCAGCAUGCUGUCUCACUGCAGCCUGACGAGCAGCACGGCCUCCACUUCCAGCUGCAGCACAUCUGUUGCCGGGGACGACCACAGCCUCUCCGGCGCCUCCUCCUGUCAGUCGGAAGCCAGCUACGGAGGGCGGCCGGCGUGCUGGGUGGAGCCCUCAGUCCGACCACACCUCUCCGGCGAGAUGGCGGCGAACAGGCUGAACGCUCUGACCAGGUCCGACGACCGGCUGCACGAGGCUGUGACCCGCCCGGCCUCCGCCCAGCUCCGCCCUCGCUGCCUCCAUGACUGCGGGCGGCAGAGCUCCCUGGACAGUGGGAUCGGAAUCACCACGGGCAGUCAGUCCUCCUUCUCCUCGCGCACAGCGAGCCUGGAGAUGACCGGCCAAGGGGCGGGAGAGGAGUACUGCUCCCCGACCAGUCUGCCCCCUCCUCCUCAUCCCCCUUCUUCCCCUCCUUGUGCUCCACCCCUGACCCCUCCACCGUUAUCCUUUCAGCUCCCAGAGCAGCCGUCCGCCUCCUCCUGCUCUGGAGCGUCCCGCCUGCACAGUGCUGAGUACCAGAUCCCCAGCCUGCUCAGACUGUGGUACGAAACUCCCAGGCGGCUCCUGCAGCCGCAGACCCAACCCCCGGCUCCACCUGUGAUGGGGAGGGCGGAGAACAGAGGCAGCGCGGGUGGCGUUCAGGUGCAGACGGCAAGCAGCAGCAGACCGAAGGCUCCGCCUCAGGCCGCCACGCAGCGCUGUCACUUCUGGGGCAGUGAGAGAGCGCCCUCUGUGGACAGAGAGGGCAGCUGCACAGCCACAUCCUCCCAGCUUUUUGGAGAAAUCCAGGGCUGUCGAGGUCUGAGCAGCUACAUAACGCCGGAGCAGCUGAUAUCAGUGAGGAGCUCCCUGCAGGCCAACGGCUCUCCGUCAGCGGACCUGGCGCCCUGCAGAACCCCCGCCACACACGAGCCCCCCCCCUGUGUGGACGGCAGCUUUAGCGAAUGGAGAGGUCAGAGGAGGGCCACGCUGUCUCCUCCUCCAUCCUCAGCGCCCCCGCCUCCUCCCGUCACGUGUGUCCUCCGUCCUCCGCCGUCAUCAGCGUGUGGUAGGAUGACCUCCUCUGUGCGGCGUGGACAGCGUGCUCCUCCUCAUGCUUUGUGUUUCCCCCUUCAGCAAACCUCCAGCUUCCUCUCCAAUCUCCUCCGAUGGCACGUCUUCACGCCGGGCCUCACCGCGGCGCGCGCCCCCCCUCAGCCGAGGAGCGCCUGCACACGGAGCCGGACCUGCAGGAGCGCAGCUCUGCUCCCGUGUCCCGUCCGUGCGCGGCUGCGGGAGGAGGCGCUCUGCAGAAACCCAGUGAGCGCCACUCCUCCCCUAAGGGUUUCCAUCACUUUGGCUCCUUCUUUGCACCGUGAGAACAUGUGAAGUUUGGAGGAGGCCCGGUCUGUGAUCCGCGGACAAACGUCCUCAGAAGGAACUCUUCUCAUUUGCAGCAGCUGCAGCUCACAUUGGACAUUUUGGCAUUUUUUUCUGUCCUGUAUCCCUUAUGCUAUCCUAUGGGGUCCAGAUGACCCCACCCUUGCAUUGUCAAAGGUGGAUAAAGGUGGGAAGAUUUCAUGUAAUCCAUGGACACCAGUGAAGAUCCCAAAUCAUUGAAGAAGAAAGGUUCAGAGCACUGUCUAGUGGGUCUAGAUGACCCAACGUUAAAGUGCCUAGGAUAGCACAAGGGUUAAAAGACGAGGCAAUUUGAAGGGACUGUCAGUCUCUUCAUCGACCUGAUGUUACCAUGGUAACAUCAAUUGACAGGCCCCGUUUUCACGUGGGUACUUGUUUGGUUUCUUCCUCGGUGUUAAAGGUUUUGCAAACAUCUGCUCCUCCGAAGAUCCAUCUGGGGAAAAAAACUGGAAACAUUGCUUCCGAAAAAAAAGAGAGUCUAAACUUCAGUUAACUGCCUGUGCUGCCGUGUCUGGACUGUUGCCAUGGUAACACCGUCGACCUCCAAACCCUUUAAGCGUGUUAUUUUUUCUUCUUAAACUUCUAAAAGUUUGCCCCCCCCCCCCUCCGUAACAUCACCUGGCAAAAACUUUCAAAGGUCUUUCUUGAAGGCACCUGCAGGCGCCUCAUGCUCACCGUAACCAUGGCAACGUGCCACACGGGCUGUCGUCCUUUUACUUCCAGACUCUGAGGUUUGAAUUUUCUCACUCGUCCCAAAACCCCGGAAAGACAAUCUAGUGCCCUGGAUUUGGACGCCACGGUCAUUUGCAAAAGCAGAACCAAGAAAUAUGAACAUUUUUACAAAAACUGUUAAUGUAUCUACAGUUUUGAUGAUGAAAACUUGGAUGAGUUAUGAAAAAAAAACUUCUUUUAAUAACUUGAACUUUAGAGAAAACUGAGGUUUUUGGCUUCUUGGAUACUUCCUGUUUGGAACGCCAGGGGGGCGGAGUCACUCAGUCUUUGCGUGCAUCGAUGGACGCUAGUUUCAGAGACUCCUGGGACAUUUUUGUAAUUGUAUAUUUUAAAAAUGUAAACAUCCCAUAUGACGACGUGAGAUAAUUCUAACAGAAAUGAAUGUUUUGACGCUUUUGUAAACGUAAACGAACAAUAAAGUUUCAUUUCCAUUUUA